GUGGAUAUGUUGCUAACAGUCUAGCAAUUAUGACAGAUGCACUUCAUAUGUUAACUGACCUUAGCGGUAUUAUUUUGACCCUGCUUGCUCUCUGGCUGUCUGCAAAAUCUCCCACAAAGAGGUUCACUUUUGGAUUUCAUCGCUUAGAAGUAUUGUCAGCCAUCAUUAGUGUAUUGCUGGUCUAUAUCCUUAUGGCAUUCCUCUUGUAUGAAGCUGUUCAAAGAACUAUCCAUAUGGACUAUGAAAUAAAUGGCGAUAUCAUGCUGAUUACAGCAGCCGUUGGUGUUGCAGUUAACUUAAUAAUGGGUUUUUUGCUGAAUCAAUCCGGCCACCUUCACUCCCACUCCCAUUCCCACCCUCACGUACCUCAGUCAAACUCUCCUAACACAGCCCACAGCACUAGCCAUGGACACAGUAGCCUUGCCGUGAGAGCAGCAUUUGUACAUGCCCUUGGGGACCUGGUACAAAGUAUUGGUGUGCUUGUAGCUGCAUACAUCAUACGCUUUAAGCCAGAAUACAAGAUUGCUGAUCCUAUAUGUACAUAUGUGUUCUCCAUACUGGUGGUUUUGACAACAGUUCGAAUUCUGUGUGACACAGGAGUUAUUAUUCUAGAAGGAGUUCCAAGGCAUUUAAACAUUGAUCGCAUUAAGGAAGACUUGAUGAAAAUUGAAGAUGUUUAUUCUAUAGAAGAUUUAAAUGUUUGGUCUCUCACUGCAGGAAAAACAACUGCCAUAGUCCACUUGCAACUAGUUCCUGGUAGUUCAUCUAAAUGGGAGGAAGUUCAGUACAAGGCCCGACAACUGCUGCUGAACACAUUUGGAAUGUACAAGUGCUCUGUCCAGCUUCAGAGUUACAAACAGGAAAUGAGCAAAACCUGUGCAAGUUGUCAGAGUUCCAGUGCCUAAUUUCAUAUGUUUUG